AUGGAUAGGUGUCGAAACGAGUAUUUCAAUCAUAUGGAAAUAAAAAUAGCUGAAGUAAGACAAAAUAUGGUAAUUUAUAUAAUUUAAAUUAGCUUUACUUUUAAAUUUAAGUUCUUUUUCUGUUGUAUUAGUUAUCUCCAUUAAUUUUAAAACAAAGGCUGAACUUUAAGCUAUGUAUUUUUAAAUAUUUAUAAUUUAGUUGUUUGA